CAGCACCCACAGCGGGCCUCAUGUGGAUGUUGGCAUUAGGUGGGAUCUUCCUGGCAGCCGCCCAGGCCUGUGUCUUCUGCCGCUUCCCAGACCAUGACUUGUCUGGCCGCCUGGCUCAGCUUUGUAGCCAGAUGGAGGCCCAGUGGAAGGACUGUGAGGUCUCCUGGAACUUCUCGGCCUUUGCCUUAGAUGAUGCAUCCUUGAAAAAAGUCACAGAGAAGACGCACAGAGUCCUGAGGGUCAUGGAGAUCAAAGGGUCUCUCUCCUCACUCCUUUCAUAUUGGAAAUGGCUUCAAAAGACCAAGCUCCCGGAAUACAACAGGGAAGCUCUCUGCGCUCCCGCCUGCCGGGGCAGCACCAUCAUGUACAACUGCUCCACCUGCCAGGGCUUCGAGGUGUACUGCUGGCCCCGAAAGCGCUGCUUCCCAGGAAGUCAUGAUCUUUGGGAAGCCAGGAUUCUGCUGCUCUUUGUCUCCGGAGCUGCCCUCCUCCUGGGUAUUCUGAGCUUCGUGGUGGAGUGA